CUAAUCUCCUCAGACCACCCGGCAAGCAGAACAGCAUGACCAUCUACGGACAUGGCAUUCGCACGCUCGGCGUGUUGGGCUCAGGCCAGAUGGGACUCGGCAUUGCCUACGUGGCAGCGCUGCGAGCAAAGGUCCCUGUGCUCCUGCACGACCGUUCGUCGGCCCAAAUUCAGAAGGGGCUCGCCCUCAUGGACAGGCUCCUCGAGAAAGACGUGGCAAAGGGAAAGAUCAAGGCUGAGGAGGCUAAGGAAGCAAGGGAUCGGGUUUCUGUCGUCCCGCCUGAGAAAGGGAUGUCAGGACUCCAGGACGUGGACAUGGUCAUUGAGGCUGUGUCGGAGUCAUUGCCUCUCAAACAGGCUAUCUUUGGGAGUCUGGCAGCUGACCUGCCUCCCUCAACCAUUCUUGCGAGCAACACUUCGUCCAUCAGUAUCACGAAGAUCGCGGCUUCGACAAUCCCAGAGGGGCAUUCGGCAUCGAGCAAGGAAGGACUGCAGAGCCCAAGCCGAGUAGUCGGCCUCCAUUUCUUCAAUCCCGUACCUGUCAUGAAGCUGGUGGAGCUCAUAUCUGGACUCCAAACAUCCCAAGAGACGAUGGAGAGGGCGAAGGCGUUUGCUAUGGCUUGCGGUAAAGAGGUCACCUCGUCACAAGAUGUGCCAGGUUUCGUGAGCAAUGCCCUCCUGAUGCCUUUCAUUAACGAGGCCAUCAUGUGCUUAGAGAAGGGAAUUGCCACGCGGGAUGACAUUGACAAGACGCUCAAGCUGGGUAUGAACCAUCCAAUGGGCCCGUUGCAACUAGCCGAUUUCAUCGGACUCGACACUUGCCUUGCGAUCCAGCAGACGCUCUAUCAGGGCACGGGCGACUCCAAGUACCGCCCGAGCAUACUCCUCGAGCGCAUGGUUGACGCACAAUGGCUAGGCAAGAAGAGCGGCAAAGGGUUCUACGACUACUCCGACGCCUGAGCGUGAGAGCCGAGGCGGGGAUCACUUCCGACUUCCAAGGGCUCGGUCAGUAGGCCCUCGGAGGCGCGGAACCCGCACGUGCCUCUGCCGCACACUUCUCGCGUGCCCUCAGUACCCUGCAUCGUCUCCGUGACACGGACCGGACGCAAAUGUACGUAAGGCUCUUAUAUCUGGUGCGCAGUCCUGUUGCAUCGCUGCAUUAUCCAAUGAAAUGGAUUUGGAUUC